AUGCCGCCAUCCUCCACCAGGCUGCUUGCAGUCCCUCUCCCACCUGCUUUCCUCCUACCGCGCUCAUUUAUUCAGAGCUCACUCCCUGCGACUCAAACGAGAUCUUUCGGUAUCCGAGCCAUAGAAAAACGGCGGAAGGCCAGCCCUUACAACGAUGUUCCAGGGCGCAAACCCUUACUGUCAACGCCAAAAGCGGCUCUCGAACGAAGGAUAAAGUCCGAUACUCUUCCGCUCCGGACAGGAGCUUUGGCAACGAAGAAGGGGAUGACAGCAAUUUACGACGAGUCGGGGAAAAGAAUACCCUGCACGGUGCUGCAACUCGACCGCAACGAGGUCGUCAGCCAUAAGACGAUGAAGAAGCAUGGUUAUUAUGCCGUGUGUGUAGGCAGCGGCUGGAAACAUCACCGAAACGUCACAAAACCAAUGCUGGGGCAUUUCUCCGUCCAAGGCGUGAGCCCUAAGCAAUACCAACGAGAAUUCCGUGUCAGGGACAAGUCAGGGCUGUUGCCUGUUGGGAAGGAGAUCAAAGCGAAUUGGUUCCUUGUCGGCCAGUUUGUCGACACGCGGUCGGACUGCAAAGGAAAGGGCUUUGCAGGUGUGAUGAAGAAAUGGGGUUUCCACGGUCAGGAUAGAACCCACGGUCACUCUCUCAGUCACAGAUCACUUGGGUCGACUGGUAAUGGCCAAGGCGGUGGUGGUCGUGUAUAUCCCGGGAAAAAGAUGGCUGGUCGUAUGGGCGGCCAGCAAAACACUGUGCAGAAUUUGAAGGUAUUACAGACUGAUCCAGAGAACGGACUCGUGGUUGUGAAUGGAGCCGUUUCUGGACCCAAGGGCACUUUAGUGUUCAUACAAGACGCACUGAAGAAAGCAUGGCCAACAAUACCUGAUCAACCUGAGCCAGUAGCCAUCGGCGUUGAACUGAACAAGCCUGUUGAUGCGCAGAUCACGGCAUAG